AUGCUUUUAUUCCAAAAAACUCUCUCCCGCGUCGCUGCUCCAAUUUCAGUGGCAGCAAAUUUGAUUCUUAUCCUGCUGAUCAUUUUUAAAUCGCCAGCACAAAUGGGCAACUAUAAGUAUUUGUUGAUAGGACUUUCGAUUUUUGAAAUGUCCUACGCAGUGCUGGAUGUUGUAUCAGAGACUACGGUGUUAUCAAUAAAAAAAUCAUUUGUCGUGGUUGUACCGUAUAAGGACCGGUCUUUCGGACAGGAAACUGCGAUGGAUAUCAACUUGAUCUAUUGUGGUUUCUUUGGAUUUUCCAUGGGCAUGUUUGUUGUUAUAUUUGCUUAUCGUUCAUUUCUGACCACAGGAAACACAAUUCUCAGGAAAUUUGAAGGUUUCAAAAUUAUAAGUUGGUUUGCAUAUCCACUUUUUUAUGCCAUAGUAUGGAUCUUGGUAGCAUGGGGACCGCUUGCAUCAUUUCCAGAGAUGGAUAUUGUUGUGAGGCCUUUUCUGUUGGAUGAGUUAAAUAUGACGGUGGACGAGGUCGCUUACACUGGCCGACUGUUCUAUUCGACGAUUGAUAAUUCAUUGCGGUAUUCUGCUAUAUUAACAGGUGUGCUGCAGUGGGUACUAACGGCCUCUUCGCUUUUCCUAGUGAUCUUUUUUGGUCUUCGUUGUUAUUUCCAUUAUGGAAAACUAGUGCAACUUACGGAUGUACAAUCCAUACGGUUGAGACAGCUACAGAAUCAAUUGUUUUUGGCUUUGGUGUGCCAGGCAACCGUUCCACUCAUCUUAAUGCAUAUCCCAGUCACAAUACUUUACACAUGCUGCGUGCUGAACAUUGUGUUCAACCCGUUCUCUGUUGCCACGACAAUUGCAUUAUUCCCAGCGAUUGAUCCGCUUCCAACGAUUUUCAUUGUGAAAAACUAUCGAGUAGCUUUGUUUGAAUUUGUUUGUCCGUCGUGCCUUUGUUGGUCGGAAACACUGAAGCAUAUGGGAAGCAAUAGGAUAACCAGUUAUAGAAGUAAUACUGUCAAUGCUUUAUCAAUGUAA